AUACUAGCAGCUGUAUCUACAUUGCCUUGGCUUCUUGAGCUGUAUUCCACAGUGUCUAGCUAGAAAGGUCUCGGUUCUUGGAGAUGAAGAGCAACCUGCCUCAGCUUUUUGAAUGAUCAGAGAGGUCAAGAGUCAGGCUUGCUCUGCCUGUGUGUUAAAAUGUGAAUGUCAGAGAGUAAUUUUUGGCAUUACAUUAGGAUGGAGUGUGAUGACAGAACCUUACAAAUAGCUUCUAUUUUUAAGUCCAGACUUGACCUCACUCAGCAUUUCCAGGAGAGCCCUUGUCUAAUGCUUCUUGUGUUUAGUUCCAAGCCAUAGGUUCCUUUCAAGGAGCAGUUAGACAGACUUAAGGGCUAGGGAAAACACAGCAUUUAUUCUGGUUUUGUGUUAUUUUUUUGGUUGUUUCAUUUACUACCUUAGGAAAUGGUUUGUUGUACAACAUUUCAGCUGUUUUAAGAGCCGUCCAGAUGUGCAUGUAACUAAAUACAUUAAUGUGAGAUUUUCUAGCUCUUAUCCAAGAAACCCUUAUUUUCCUUACCGUGUUUGUUAUGCUUGGAUACUGUUUUCUGUUUCAAAUUAAACAGUGGUAAGGGCAGGAGUGUGCUGCAGCCCAGCUGUCUAUUUCAUGCUUAGUUGGGAUUGGAGCUGGAGAAAGUGGGAAGAACAAGGAUUAUUGCUAUUUAAUUCUACUAGAUCACUUUGAUUAAAGUCCAGGCUGGGCUGUAAGGUGUUACCAAAUGACUCACCAGUGUUGAUGGAGCCAGAACAGCCCGAUCCCUGAUAUACAGCAAAAAAAUCAUGGAUAAUGCUACACUGCUUUUGCUGUCUUUAACCUUGGAGCAGGGGGACUACAGGAAUGUUUAGCACUUCUUGUGUUCUGUGCAGCAGCCUGCAGACCGCUGCACAGCCCCACUAGGUCUGUACAGUGAGGAACUUCACUGACACAUCAGGUAGACCCUCUCCUUCCUUCUUCUUCCAAAGGAAUGGAGGUGGAUGUCCAAGGAGAACUUGAGAUUUUUUCCUUGUGCUGUGCAGUUUAGAACAUGGGAGCAUACUGUUUUCCUGCAGAGCUUGUAGUCUGCUCUACACUGACCUCAACCAGUCCCUAACGUAAAUGCACACACACUGGACAUGUGUGCUCAGAUUGUUGUCUUCUCACUGGUUUCUCCUUCAGGCAUCUCCCAAGGCUGCAGGAUGGCUGGGAGACUGUGGACUUCAGCAGAGGGAAACUGUCCAGGGGAUCCCCACCCUGUUUCUUUCAGGGAGGUGGUUUGGUAGCUGUAUCAGAUUCAGGGUUGUGUCUGAGACGAAAGCCAUCACGUUUACACGACCCAGGAAGUACAUUGUUUCAUCAGGGUCGGAGACUCCGGAGCUGGGCUAUGUUGACCUUCAAACCUUAGCAGACAGCAUGUGUCGCUAUGACCUCAAUGAUGUGGACGUAGCAUGGUUGCAGCUUGCCAAUGAAGAAUUCAGAGAAAUGGGGAUGCCCGAGCUGGAUGAAUACACGAUGGAAAAGAUCCUAGAGGAGUUUGAACUACGAUGCUAUGAGAACAUGAAUCAUGCUAUUGAGACGGAAGAAGGACUUGGGAUUGAAUAUGAUGAAGAUGUUGUCUGUGACGUCUGUCAGUCUCCAGAUGGAGAAGAUGGCAACGAAAUGGUGUUUUGUGACAAAUGCAAUAUUUGUGUGCACCAGGCAUGCUAUGGGAUCCUGAAGGUGCCAGAAGGCAGCUGGUUGUGCAGGACCUGCGCACUUGGCGUUGAGCCCAAGUGUUUGCUGUGUCCUAAGAAGGGUGGAGCCAUGAAGCCAACUCGAAGUGGCACCAAGUGGGUCCACGUUAGUUGUGCUCUAUGGAUUCCAGAGGUGAGCAUUGGAAGCCCAGAAAAAAUGGAGCCCAUUACAAAAGUUUCUCACAUUCCCAGCAGCAGAUGGGCACUGGUGUGCAGCCUUUGCAAUGAAAAAGUUGGAGCUUCUAUACAGUGUUCGGUGAAGAACUGCAGAACAGCCUUUCAUGUUACCUGUGCAUUUGACCGUGGCUUGAAGAUGAAGACUAUCCUGGCAGAGAAUGAUGAGGUGAAGUUUAAGUCAUACUGUCCCAUGCACAGUUCCACCAAGAAAGUGGAUGAGGAGACUUUCAGUGAAAGCCCAGGUCAGGAGAAUGGGAUUGGGAUUCAGGACAGCUCUCUUCCCGCCCACAUUGACCCUUUCCACAGCAUGACUCAAAACCAGGAGGAGGCCCACAGAGUCAGCCUCCGCAAACAGAAACUCCAGCAGCUGGAGGAUGAGUUCUAUACCUUUGUUGAGCCUGUGGAAGUGGCUAAAGUACUGCAGCUUCCAGAGGAGUCAGUGGAAUUCGUUUACCAGUACUGGAAGCUGAAAAGAAAAGCCAACUUCAACAAGCCUUUGAUUACUCCAAAGAAGGAUGAAGAGGACAAUCUGGCCAAACGAGAACAGGAUGUUCUGUUCAGAAGACUGCAGCUCUUCACACACCUCCGGCAGGAUCUAGAGCGGGUGCGUAAUCUCACCUACAUGGUGACCCGAAGGGAAAAAAUCAAGAGAUCUGUUUGCAAAGUUCAAGAACAGAUUUUUAAUACUUACGCAAAGCAGCUGGAACAAGAAAGAGUUUCAGGUGUGCCUUCCUCAUUCUCCUCCAUGGACAAUACAGUGCUGUUCAACAGUCCAUCUUUGGGCCCCAGUGCCCCUAAGAUAGAGGAUCUGAAAUGGCAUUCUGCAUUCUUCAGGAAACAGAUGGGCACAUCCCUAACUCAUUCCUUGAAAAAGUCACACAAGAGGGACAGAGUAAGGGAGAGCUUGGGGAAUGACAGCAAAGCCAUUCUGAGGCAGCCCAGCCAAAAAGAGGGCAGUGCAGCUCCAGGGAGCUUUUUACAUUUUGACAAGACCUGUGCAGAAACGCGGAUUGCAUCAGCACAGCAGAAAAAUGCCAUAGUUAUACCAGACCAUAGAAAAAGCCAAGACAAUCGUCCACAGUGUGAGGUGACCAAGGCAGAACUAAAAGAAAAGACUUCUAAACACAACCACAAACCACUGAGACCUACAGAACUCUCUCAGAGGCAAUCAGAAAAUAAAAGGGCUGUGAACCACUCCAGUGGUAGGUCAGCACCUGGCAUGCGGAGGGAUAUAGUGCCUAAAUGCAACGGGGGUCUUGUGAAAGUAAACUCUAACCAGACAGCUGCAGUUCAAGUGCCUAUGACACCCACGAGCCCAGUGAAAAACUGGGGUGGAUUCCGAAUUCCAAAGAAGGGGGAAAGGCAACAGCAGGGUGAGAGCCUAGAGGAGACCUGCCGCCAGAGCUCCAGCUACCCCUGCUUGGGCAGAGUUUCCCCGAAGGACAGAGCAAAAAGCAAGCUCAAGCCCGACAGUGAGAAUGAUGGGUAUAUCCCUGAUGCCGAAAUGAGUGACUCAGAGACUGAAGUGGCUGAAAAGAAGUGCCGGCAGCAGAGGCUCAGUCCAAACAACACUAUGAGCAGAAGGACAGACAUUAUCAGGAGAAGCAUUCUGGCAUCCUGACUGGACACAGGGACACAGAGUCACUGCCUACAAGCCAACUCCAUAUUAUUUAUUGAUUUUUGAAAAAGAAGAA